GUUUGAUCAUUCGAAUUCCCUGGAGACGGCCAUCUAUGCACCUGUAUUGAUGUACAUCCACUCUUCACAAGACGGAAAUUGUGUCCAUUGAUGUGCCAUCACGCCAACUUCUGCUCUUCUCCCUGCCGACCCAAUCAGCGAUCCAACCACAUGAAGCCACAUCUGCCUAGUGCUACUGUACUGUACGACUGAUAGCGACUGGCACCCGGCCAUGAUAUGAUCCAGCACCCUGUUUGAAAUGUCCUCCCAGUUCCUCCAGGCGGAACUCUUGAAUCUCAUCCAAGAGUCUAGGAGGAGAAACUCGGAACUUCGCAAUGCCGCCGAAGAGUCCCUCAAUGAGUUGAAGGCGCUGCCUUCAACCUCAGAGGCUCAAAUCUCCGCCGAUCUUCUGCGCAAACCCAAGUUUGUAAACCCCUUCAUUAUCGCCUGCCAUAGUCGGCAUGCCAAGCUUGCAGGCAUCGGAGUCAUCUGUCUGCAGAGGCUGGUGGCUUCUCGGUCAUUGCCAUCAGAGCGCCUUAAAGAUGUGCUGUCCGGGCUGAAGGAGACGACGAACAUGAGCCUGGACAUUCAAUUGAAGAUCCUGCAAACAUUGCCGUCUCUGUUACAGCAUUAUUCGACCGAUCUGGGCGGAGAUCUUCUUGUGAGUACUCUGGAAAUAUGCGCAACCUUGCAGACGAACAAGAUGCCAGCUGUCUCGAGCACCGCCGCAGCAACGCUUCAACAGCUUGUGGUAUCCACUUUUGAGCUGGUCUCCAUUGAAGACAAGAAUUCUGACAAGACAACCCCUACUGUCACUGUCAAGGUUGACGGGAAUCCCAUUAAUGUGGGAUAUUGCGCUUAUGACGCUCUACGUGUCUUGGAUGACUUAUGUCGUCUAGUGGAUGGUGAACCGCUCUAUUUUCUGCGGAUCAAAUCUCUUUCGACGCCGUUCACCUUGGAGCUCAUCGAGAGCAUUCUACUCAAUAGUGGCAGACUUUUCGUUACCCAUGCCGAGUUGACUCAGGUCUUGCGGGCGAGGCUUAUGCCGGUGCUGGUGCGAAUUCUCUCCGAGAGGCAUACUUUCUCCCAGACUGUUCGGGCCAUCCGCAUCCUCUCAGUGCUGCUCAAACGUCACAUGUCUCUUCUGCCUGCCGAAUGUGAAAUGGCUCUCGGGCUAGUCACGCAUCUACUCGAGCCAGACGGGACGGCGCCUUGGAAGCGAGUGCUCUGCAUGGAGUUGUUCCGAAGCCUUUAUGCUGAGCCAGGCCUAGUACGGCUGAUAUACUCCUUGUAUGAUGGUGAUGAAAGAAGAAAGAAUGUCUUGAAAGACCACAUGGCCGCUCUGGUUCGCCUCGCCUCUGAAAAGCCUUCUCUGAUUGGGGUCAGCGCCCGGUCAACUGUUCCUCUGCGAACCGAGCAUACGAGAGCUGUCACGGAAGAGCAAAUCACUCUCGAGGCAGGAGGUGUUGCUGGCGUCAUUGGCGCAUCUGUUCCCAUCACCGACUCCGAUGCACCAGGAAUUAGCAGCCAGUGGAGUGUGGUUCGGACACCCUAUACGGAACUUCUCGAUAAGACUGAGCCGCCAUCGCCACCUGAGACCUAUAUCUAUAGUCUCGUACUGAACUGCAUCAGCAAUUUGGCUGAGGGGCUUGCAAAGUUUAUUCUACCAUUGACUGUCCCAGACCUGAAACAGAAGCGGCGGAGUCGCGCGGCAGGCUUUGGACAAGGUGGGGAUACCUCAAGGCAACCUCAAGACCUCAGCAAGAAUGCCCACAACAGAAGGUCAACCGUACCUAUCAAUCCUCUCGAUAUAGAGUCCCAUCCUCAGCUUGGAGCCAUCAAAAGCUGUGCUGGCAUUAUUGAGAACUGCUGGCCGGCCAUUCUUGCAGCGUGUUCCACGUUUCUAUACGCGGCCCUGGAUGAUGAAUUCUACCACAACCUGGUCCGGUCAUUCCAAAAAUUGGCGCAUGUAGCUGGUCUUCUCAGACUGUCGACGCCGCGUGAUGCCUUCUUGACGACACUUGGCAAAGCUGUCAUGCCAGCGGAUGCCGGCAGCGCGAAAGUAGCGAGUACCUCAGCGUCUGCUACGACAGCUGUGCAGUCUAAGCAAAAUACGGACAGCAAAGCAAGGGACUCGCAAGCGUCUCUAGGUAGCUCAUCAGUAUCUGCUGAAAUAAAUGGUCCGUCAGAGACCAACAUCGUGUCUCUGAGUACAAGGAAUCUCCUAUGCUUACGUGCUCUGCUUAACCUUGGAAUUGCGCUUGGGCCAACUCUAGAUCAGCCGGCCUGGUCUAUUGUGCUCGGCACGCUUCAAGAUACUGAUAUUCUGAUUGGCCUGACCGCAAAUCCUCAGGCCAUGAUAAGCUCCGCUGAAGCUUCGGCUGCAUCAGUGGACGUGCCGAAAGCCAAUCUCGGCGCCGAGAUUAUAGCCGUACAGACCGCGUCCGCAAAGAUGUUUGAGAGCAGCGGCGAUUAUCCGACCGAGUCUUUCCAGGAUCUCUUGACUGCGCUUCUGGACCUAUAUGGGACGGCCGAUGAUUCCUCACAAAACGCGCCGCUGUCUCCUACUGGGGAGCUUCUUUCUCCGCGUUCGAGUCUCAUGCGCAAGAACACUCAUCGCGUAUCGCUCUCCGUGGGAAAGUCUAGGACCCAAGAUGAGCUGGUAAGAUUUGUGCUCGAGAAAGCCAACGAGAUAGCCAUAGCCAACGUUGAUCGACUGUCUUCAUUGCUCGAAUUUGACCUAAGGGCUUGGAGCCUUCUCACAUCAAGACUGAUAUUCACUGCGGCCGAUAAAGGGAUCAGCCAGAAGUUCAGGCUCAGGGCCAAUGACGUACUCAACAACAUUGUAACACUGACCAUGAAGCAAAGGGAGGAUGAAGACUCCGAGAAGCAGAACGAGCGACAGCUCAGGAACCUCCAAGCGCUCAAGAUGCAGAUCAAAUUGCUCUACGAAGCAAGUGGCUGCUCAAUCGGCUCCCCCACUCCGCCAGUCGUGGAGAUCCACGAGCAAAGCCUAGAGACCCUCAAAAGUAUACUCGAACAAUAUGGCGAGACAUUCGUGGGGGGAUGGGUGCCUGUAUUUGACCUCAUAACAAGUGUCUUUGGUGAGAGCAGUGAAAAGAGGACUGUCGGAACCUCGAAUGCGAAACAGGCCAGAUGGAUCGCAGAUUCGGUUCGACUCGUGCGGGUCGCCUACCAAUCCCUACAGCUCAUAGCUUCUGACUUUGUUGCGCUGCUCCCACUCCCUUGUCGACUGGACUUGGUGGAGUCGUUCGCCAAGUUUGCCCAGCAGCAGCAAGAUUUUAACAUCUCGCUGACUACAACAUCAUCUUUCUGGAAUGUCUCGGACUUUCUGCAGGGACAGAUCGAGCAGUUUUGCAUUGAAUCUCACAUUGAUGCGUCCGUGAGCGAGGACGUGCUUGCGGACCUCGCCAAGGGCGAUGACCCCUCGAUCUCGCGGAACGCAUUGUGGUUACUACUUCUUCUGAGGAUAGUAGACUUAACGACGGAUAGUAGGUCUGAGGUCCGUAACUGUGCUAUUCAAACACUGUUGAGGAUUUUUGAUGCCUGCGGGCAACAUUUAUCCCCAAAGGCAUGGUGUUUGUGUCUAAACAGGGUUCUCUUCCGUAUGGUGGAGGAGAUAGAAGAUGAGCUCAGCCUGACGCUGGAUCCGAACCAGCUAAAUAACACUGAUAGUGUUAAGGCAUGGAUCGAAACGACGGUCGUCAUGGUGAGAGGAGUGUCUGAUUUGAUCACGAACUUUUUUGAGACGUUGGUCCGGGACGACUUGUUCGAUCAGUCAUGGGAGCGUCUACUAGGCUAUUAUCAAAGGCUGCUCAAUCUGCACCUCCUAGAAUUCAGUGAAGCUGCUUACUCCAGCCUCACGAAUAUUUUACUACGGAUACAGGCGGCGGAUAAUCUCACGAAAGAGUCUCUACGUUCUACGUGGCUUUUGUGGUUGAGUGGUCACCCGGCCCAGAGAGAGGAUCUUCUGAACCUCAACACUCCAAAUCAAGAAGCUGCAAUCGCCUACCUUCAAGCUUUUCAACAAAUAUAUCGUUUGCAUAAGGAAGACCUUGAAGGUGAGAGCGUCGAGACGAUACUCGGACAUUUGCAGCUGCUUGCCUGGAAUUCGAUAUCUCCGCCAUACUCUCCAGAUAUUGACCGUCCUUCUCAAGUGCAGGCGCUGAUUCUUGAAUGUCUGAAAACCUUGUGCACGGAGAAAGACAACUCACAGUCAAGCAUUCUUGUCUGCCUGGCGGAACUGGCUGAUUCCCCAUUGUCCAAGUGGUCGCCAGAGAGUGAUUCGAAGAAGCCCACCUUUGUUGCUUUUUCGAAAAGGGUGAUAGACCUUCUUGACUGGUACAUUUCUGAGCACGGAAUCAAGAAGGACAUUUUCCUGGACGGAUCUUUGGCUGCCGCCCUAGGUCACCUGGUGAAGUCGAUUGAGUUGAGAUACGAAUGGCCAGGAAAGGAUCGUGAGCCGAGUCUCUCGCAGAAGUCCACCACUGCUUGCUUGAAUAUCCUUCAGGUUGGAAUUCCUUACGUGGAACAGCAAUACACUAUGUCACAGCAGGAGCAAAUCACGCGUUUUUGGGAUUGUGUGGUCGAUCUCGCGAAAGGGAUCGUCUCGGCUCGCGGCUAUCGAACCGCUUUGGUGCCUCACAGCAAGAUACUGAGUGACGAAGCUUUCGACGUGGAUGCGUUCCACAAACUCAAAACUUUGAUUAUUCCGUCGCUUGGGUCGUCUAUGAUCCCAGACUCCACCCGCCGAGACUUCGCCUGUGCAUUGCUGUGGCCCUCGUUCAUCUACGCCCCGCAGCGACUCGACCUUCCUCGCAAGCCCCUCGAAGAAGACCCGCUGCAUGGCUUGUACGAUGUCCGACCAGGAAGAACCUUCGAUCCCUCGCCGACCCUUCGCACCAAAAUGGCAUAUAUCCUUGUCGACACGCUCUUUGAGAUCGCCUCUGCCCCGCUUCUUCCUUCAUCCGUAUCGACCCCUUCGGAGCAUGAGUCCUCCGCGGAGCGAUCAGCUGCCCGUCUGACCCUCGCCCGGUCCAUCUCCCCGUACCUGAUUUUGCGGAGCGCCGUAUCCCUGAAGGGCUACAUUGCCGACCAGCCGCUGCGGGGCCUUAUGCCGCAGCCCACACCGGCCCGUAAGUCCCUAUUGCACCUCCUCCGCGGAAUGGUGGCUCUGCGUAGCGAACCGUCGACGAUCCCCACGCCUCCAGCUAGCCAGCCAGGCGUAGUAGCGGACAACGAUGAGACGAAUCACAAGCAGCACCUGGCGUGGAUCUACCCGCUGGUUGUACGGGCGGUACAGGUAGCAGGAAAGCAGCAGGAUGACGGGGAGCUCCUAGGAGCUUUGGGAGAGGUUCUGUCGGCUUGAGGUUGGGUUGUAUUAGAUGUAUCUUUAUUCUGUUUUCACUAGAAACCUCU